AUGGCCACGGAGACCGUCGAACCCUCGCGCACAUCCACCGUCUCGUCCGACACCCACGUCCCCGCGAUGGACGCGGCCGAGCGCGCACUGGCGUACGACGAAAAAAGGCCGGCCGUGGUGGCCACAGGCGGCGAGGGCGAGUCUGCGAUCCCAGAAGACAAGAAGGAGGAGCCGCUGGAGAACGCGGAGGAGGACUGGACGCACGACCCGAUCAACCCGCGCAACUGGCGCGCGCGCAAGAAGUGGCUCAUGAUCGCCAUCUACACCUUCGUCGCCCCGCUCGGGUCGUCGAUGAUGGCCCCCGCCCUCCCGGACAUCGCGGCGCACUACCGGAUCACGAGCGAGACCGAGGUCGCCGCGACGCUCAGCGUCUUCCUCGUCACCUUCGCCAUCGGCCCGCUCUUCCUCGCCCCCAUGUCUGAGAUCUACGGCCGCACGUGGGUGCUCCACAUCGGGAACGUGCUCUUCCUCGCCUUCAACUUUGGCUGCGCCUACGCGCCCACCGCCGCGUCCCUCAUCGGCUUCCGUAUCCUCGCGGGCUUCGCCGGCAGCGCGUCCAUCGCCUGCGGCGGCGGCACCGUCAGCGACCUCUUCUCCGAGCGGGACCGCGCCUCCGCGAUGGCCCUCUACUCCGUCGGGCCCCUCAUCGGCCCCGUCGUCGGCCCCGUCGCCGGCGGGUUCAUCGCCGAGACCGUCGGCUUCCGGUACAUCUUCGUCUGCGUCGCCACCCUCUGCGGCCUCGCCGCCCUCAUCGGCAUCCCCCUCCUCCGCGAGACCUACCACCCCGUCAUCCGCCUCCGCCGCGCCCGCACGUCCGCCGACCCCGAGCUGGCUGCGAGCACCCACCCCCAUCUGCUCGAGGAGCACAGCAGCAAGCUCCGCCGCAUAUACCUCGACAUGACCAGGCCGUUCAUCCUGCUCACCAGGAGCCUGAUCUGCUUCCUGCUCAGCGCAUACAUGGCGCUGCUCUACGGGAUCUACUACCUCAUGUUCUCCAUCUUCCCCGGCAUCUUUACGGGCAUCUACGGCUUCAGCAUCGGUAUCGGCGGUCUCGCAUACAUCGGCCUCGGCGUUGGUUUCCUCUCCGCGACAUUCUUCGGCGCAUGGUUCGCAGACCGCAUAUACGCGUCGCUUUCGGCCAAGAACGGCGGGAAGGGCAAGCCGGAGUUCCGUAUCCCUCCUCUCGUGUUCGGCUCUGUAUGGUACGGGUGGUCCGCCCAAACCCACCAGCACUUCAUGAUGCCCAUCGUCGGGACCGGCAUCUUCGGCUUCGGCCUCAUGGCAGCAUACCUCCCGAUCCAGCUCUACCUCGUCGACACCUUCACCUACGCCGCCUCCGCGCUCGCCGCCGCCGCCGUCUUCCGCUCCAUGCUCGGCUUCGCCUUCCCGCUCUUCGGCACGCAGAUGUUCGACGCGCUCGGCCUCGGCGGCGGCAACUCGCUCCUCGCCGGGAUCGCGGUCGUGCUCGGCGUCCCCUUCCCGAUCCUCCUCUGGUUCUACGGCGAGCGCAUGCGCGCGAGCAGCUCCCUCGCGCGGUGA